GUGACGUCACACACUAGAGCCCUCUCACGCCUCUAAAAUGAUGUGACCUUCCUCUCGCGCCCUAUUAGCGAAUCGGUCCGUCAACUGGCACGAGAGGAGUACCGCAAUACUCGAGGUAAAUAUGGGUGACGUUGAUAAGGGAAAGAAAGUUUUCGUCCAGAAGUGCGCCCAGUGCCACACAGUUGAGAACGGAGGCAAGCACAAAGUAGGGCCAAAUCUGUGGGGUCUGUUUGGCCGCAAGACUGGUCAGGCUCCUGGUUUCUCCUACACAGAUGCCAAUAAGAGCAAAGGCAUCGUUUGGGGUGAAGAUACAUUGAUGGAAUAUUUGGAAAACCCCAAGAAGUACAUUCCAGGCACAAAGAUGAUCUUCGCUGGCAUCAAGAAGAAGGGCGAGAGAGCAGACCUUAUUGCAUACUUAAAGGCAUCCACAUCAUAAUGCUGAUGGAAAGGGGAAAAUAUUUAAAUGUAAUGUUAGUAAUUUGGGUUUGCAAUCUCUGUAACUAUAUCUAUUCAAAACGGUGUGACAGAUCAAGUGGCCAGGACUAUUCCUUCUGGGUAUAACACAUGGGAUGCUCAUAAUGCCUAUCCAUUUCUGCUGUGAGGAUUUCCAUUUCUUUUUCUGUCCAAAAAUGUAGAAUCGAGUCAAGUUACUGCAGGUUCCCAGUGUUUCCACUGAGGGAAUUUAAAAAAAAUGUGCCCCCCUGGCUACACAGGAGCUGUUGUACAUUAAAUUAUUAAACUGUACUAAACCAUGUAUGUGUUUGGAUUGCAAUGAGUGACUAAGAAAGCAGCAUGCGUAUUGGUGACUAUUCAAUUUUACUAAAUAGAUUUGAACUGUCAAAUAAAAUAGAAAACCGUA